CUCUGCCUCGCCGCUAGUCAGUCUGAACGGUGCUGCAUGGCAAGUCUCAAGGGCAAGGCAUGCAUUAGCGAGAGAUUCCCCAACGAAUGCAAAGGAAAAGUAAAUACAUUGGAAUUAAACAGGGAUUUGUACAUGAUUGAUGAAUAAGAUAUACAGUAUCUGGGCUGGAAACCUUGGAAUUUAAGACUUUUUCUACCCAAACUUUUUUUUAUCUUGAGAGAGAACAACAGGUGUUCUCUAUCUCUCUGCGAAGCACGACCUUGCUGUGGCGACCCAUUUGUGGGUUUAUUUGGUCCCAGUCUCCCGACAACAAGAGGAAUAACCCUAACAAACUGCUGUAUCAGAAAGACAAAUUUCAACACAAAGUGGGAAACAUUCUCUUGGCCCCUAGCCAGGAAUGGUGGAUAACUUCCUAGUGAGCGGCGAGGACACUUUUUUACCGUACGGUGGCUCCCCACCGGCAUACCGCCUGUUGGACAUGGUGACGGACGGGGGGACCUACCAUGUGAUGCCUUCGCCCUUCUCCGAGGAUGACCUGAGCGAGUCGUCCAGCCCUCGCUCCUGCUCCAGCCCCGACUCCCAAGUGCUCAGUUCCAGCUAUGGCAGCAGCUCCAGUGCCGAAAGCUCAGACAGCAUCCUGGACCUUCUGCUGUCCCAGACCUCCCUAGGCGGGGCAGGGACCGGGGCGGCCAUCCCCAUGUCACUGCCCACCUUUCUGUGGGACUCACAGAGGGACGCGCCAUCCCACCCAGAGGCCUUGAAGGAGGAGAGCGUGGACUUCCCGGUCUGGUCCUUAGUGGACAUGGAGGAGCCGUCCUUCCAUCCCACCUUAGAGGAGAUCGAGGAGUUCCUGGAGGAGAACAUGGAGGUGGUGUCGUCCAUGAAGCAGGAGGCCCAGGAGGGGGCGCUGGGGCCGGGCCUGGAGGAGAUCUUGGGGCUGGGGGUGGGACUGGAGGUGUACAGGGAGUCCUCAUCCCCAGGGCCAAGGCUGGAGCCAGAGGCCAAGCAUUCAGACCAAACUGUGCCGACCACAAAUGCUGCCACCGUCACCGAGACCAAAAGCACACCAGCCACAUCGUCACAGGAGUACAACGAAAGCCCGCACAACGACGUGUUCAAGAGUGGUUCAUUAUCCAGCAGGCCAGGAUCAACACAGAGCUGUGAAAAUGGUGGCAGCGCUGGAAUGCCGGUCAUUCUGCAGAUCCAGCCCAUUCAGAUCAAACAGGAACCUGGUGCCACGGUUCCUCCUCCUCCGCCACCUCCCACAGUUGUCCAGCCUCCUCCUCAGUCGGCAUCGGACAUAAAAAUUGCCCAGCUGCUGGUCAACAUCCAGGGGCAUACCUUCGCCCUGGUGCCCCAGCUGCUUCCCUCCACCAGCCUCAACAUCUCCUCUAAGUUUGUGCGCAUCGCACCGGUGCCCAUCGCGGCCAAGCCCCUGGGCCUCGGUGAGGUGGCGGUCGGGGGCCAGGGCCAUGGGCUGCUGGUGGGGGGUCAGAAGUUCCAGAAGAACCCGGUGGCGGACCUUAUCAAAAUGCAUAAAUGCACUUUUCCCGGCUGCACCAAGAUGUACACCAAGAGCAGCCACCUGAAGGCCCACCUGAGGAGACACACAGGGGAGAAGCCCUUUGCCUGCACCUGGCCGGGCUGUGGAUGGAGAUUCUCACGGUCGGAUGAGCUGUCGCGGCACCGUCGGUCCCACUCAGGGGUCAAACCCUACCAGUGUCCAGUGUGUGAGAAGAAAUUUGCCCGCAGUGACCAUCUAUCAAAACACAUCAAAGUCCAUCGCUUUCCCCGAAGCCGGACGCUGCGCACAGCAAACUGAGCCCAUCCUGAUCACUCUUCAACGGACAUAGACCAAGGGAGCACGGAAUGUGUGUGAGUGAAUAGAUG